AUGCUGCGGCAGACGAACGACGGCAAACAAAAGCCGACUAAAAGCUCUGCCCAGCUGGAGUUCGUCCAGAUCUUGGUGAUCGUGGUGGUCAUGAUGGUCAUGGUGGUGGUCAUCACCUGCUUGCUCAACCACUACCGCCUGUCGGCGCGCUCCCUCCUCUCCAGACACGCCCCCGCGCGCAGGAGGCACCUGCCGCUGGCCAACGAGGGAAGUCUGUGGUCCUCCGAGGGCACGGGAGCGAACGGGGGCCUGAGCGAGGUGAGCGAAGAACCGAGCUCUGCUUACAGGUCCACGGGCCCAAACGGUGUCCUAAGUGUUGCCCGAUCCUUUCCGCCAAAGCACCAGGUGUACAACCCGCGGCCCCCCGACAGAGCGGUCCCCUCCUACCUGCAGCGGGACCUGCAGCAGAACCCGUCCCACCCCCCGCCGCUCCACCCGCCGCGCUUCCAGCACGCCUACGCGCCCGGCCGCUUCCAGCCCACCUACCCCUACCUGCCCCAGAGCCUCAUCGACCUGCCCCCGACCAUCUCGCUCUCGGACGGGGAGGAGCCCCCGCCCUACCAGGGGCCCUGCACGCUGCAGCUCAGAGACCCCGAGCAGCAGAUGGAGCUGAACCGGGAGUCGGUCCGAGCCCCGCCCAACCGAACGGUGUUCGACUCCCACCCCCUAGACCCGUCCAACUCCUGUCUGCAAGCCAGUCUGCAGGCCCCUCCCCCGAGCGUCCAUCCGGGCAUCAGUGUGCUGGAGGCCCGGGAGGCCUUGUCCAGACAGCAGAAACCGGGUUCCGGGGUGGAGGCCGCUCCCCCGGCCUACAGCGAGGUGAUCGGGCACUACUACCACCCCGCGUCCAUCGGCUCAACCCACCGGACUGUUUCGUCCACGCAGGCGCCUCCGUCCUCGCUCAUACACGGCCUGCUGAGACCCCCGCCUCAGCCGCAAGGAGGUGUGGACAACAGGAAUACAAGGAACACAAAGGAGAAAUCCCAGAAGCCCCAGCAGGUGUGACAGAACUGCUUUCGUCCUGCUGGCCGGGCCCGCCAGUUGGGUAAUCAUCUGCGAACGGUGAGGAGCGAUGAACGAUCCCCAUCCACGGCAACACCCCCCCCCUCCGACUGCUUCAAAGAACUGGUUGAUUAGCUUGGUUCUAGCCGGCGUGUGGUCAGCCGGCUCGGGCCUCCACAGACGGAGGGAGGGCCUAUAGGGGCAGGGAAACCACCAGACCCACGGAGGAACGUCUGGUCCUUCCGGUUCACCGGGAGAAGCACUUCAGAUGAACUCACGAUGUCGGAGGAGGUGGGCGGAUGAUGGAAAAGAGGACGGUGGACGCAGAAAACCCGCCUCCUCGGCCCUCCUGGAUCAGGCUAAUCUCUAUAUUCCUCAUUCAUUAUAAAUAUUUACAUGUUCUGUUUGUUACUAGAUAACUUUUUAUUUUGACUUUCGGUCUCUCGCCCGCGAAAAAGUUUCAAUCCGCUUCCUUCAGGGUUCGCUCUGUUUCUUGUGAUAAUCCCCGUGGCUGCUUCCAGUCCCUUGUCCCGUUUUUUUCUGUUCUCCGCUUCGCUCUCUCGCAUCUGCAGCGACUCCUGCAUCGAGCUUCGGCUUUAUCGCCGGGACGCAUCGGCACGUUCUUCUGUAUUCCCCGGAAAGAGUUUUAGAUCUUAGUUAGCGUUAUCCCAAACUAGCCCGCCAGUUGUAGCACAGUGCUAAUCUAGACGUCCCGGAGCUGAAAGCUCUGCCUUACUUCCAACAAAUGCCGCAGGAGAUCCUGCUGAGAUGCUUUUUCUUUGGUUGUUUUUUUUUGGACUUCAUGUGUUUUGAACAGGGUUUGCACAAAGUUUGAGACUGUUCACCGCAGAUGACGACAAAAAAUCUGCAGUUUGAGAAGAAAGAAGGUGGAGGAAGUAGGGGUGUUUUUCUAAACUUGAUGCAUUCUUAAAAAGUUUUCCUUCCCCCCUAUUGGUUUCUAUUUGUUGUCUAGUUUUAGGGAAUGAGACAAGCAUCAGUAAUCCGUUGGGGUGCCAACUUCCACCAUUUUGCAUCAUACGUGUUAUAUUCUGUACUUAUGGAGCGUAUACACACACACGUAUGCAAAACCAGAGUGGAACGCACGCAUUUAGAGUUAUUUAUAUAAUUGCUGAAAAGAAUUGCACUAUUUUUUUAGAAUGCGAAGAUGGAGCGAUCGAAAGACACUUGCGAAGGAGCUCUGUUCAUUGAGGCACGAAAAGGGAAAAAACGGGGCGGGCGCGGUGCACGGCGGCCGCCGUCAACCAUUCAUGGGGAAGACGCUAACUUUGGUCCCACGGACUCCGACCAACCAUUACUUUACCGCCGAUUUUUACGAAAAAAAAUCUCUGGUUUAUGCAAAUGUCUGAGUCCCGUGGGCCAAUCGAAAGUUAGCGUCCGACCUGCGGGCUCAAUCAGAAACCGAUAGCUCGCUCGCUCUCUCUCUCUCUCUCUCUCUCUCAUCCCAUUGGCCGAAUCAUUAGCCAAUCCCAAAGCUGGCUGCUACUACCUCGACCAAACAAGUCAAGCACAUAAGAGUUUGUUGAUAUUAAUCAGAUUUUGUCACGUUAGAGUAAACGUCUGAGCUAAUCAAGACGAUGUGCAUCGUUUAACGAUAGAAAGUAGAGUAGGGCGUCUUAAGGCUAGGUUUUCGUAUCCUGCUGUGUUAUGUUGUUUGAAUGUCCGAAUUUUUGUUCACCGGGUGAGAGGAGAGAGAUCCCUAACGCCCCCGUUGCAGUGCAUUACUCAGGAAGGAAGCCAGUCGCCCGGCAGGUCCCAGAAUGCCCGACGCCCUGGCUGUGCACUGCCACCCCCCGAGUCCCCCGGUUUCUUUACCAGUUAGCGUCGCCCCCCCGCCCGCGCCCCUCAACCAGAUCGCUCGGCGAAAUCUCGGCCUCUCGCGGGCAUCUCUGAGCACUUUAUCGCACCAGGAAAGAGCCAACAAUCCCCCCAACAGCCAGCCUCAGCCUCAGCUCGCAAGGGUUACAGGUGGAAAUUUAGAGUUCAGAGUUUAGAGCUUUUAAAGGAUGCAAAGAGUUGCGCGCCAAAGCUUCACGCGUUUCAGACGGGAGCUAAACGUCCUCCUUUACCUCUCCGGUCUUACCGCAAACUGACCACUUCUUCUGUGGUUUCGUGAUGAAGCUUUGGAACGAAGCUCUUUGAGACUCAAACGCUGCACGGACUGGCCGUCGAAAAACCAGACACACUGAAGUGUUGACAAGUGACACGAGUGUCGGUCGCAGCCUGUCCCGUGUUAUCUCUUUAAAAGCGUAGAAUUAGCUCGUUUUUAGCCUCUUAAAGUGGAAGAAGGAGGCCCAUGUAAGCACCCUCUAAUGUCCUCUCUUUAUGCAAUUCAGCGCCCUCCACUGGAACCAAACCAGACUGCAGCCAAAAGUCCUUAAACUGACCUAACAGCAGCCAGAGGAGACCCCCAAAGGCCAAAAACUAUAUUUUGUUAUCUGAUAUGAUGCAUUUUUCUUUGUUCUAUUAAACUAGUUUGUGCUUCGUAGGAUCUUUGAAAACACAGAACCAAAGAAUUUGCUCUUUCUAACCACAGGCAAUCUUUGGAAAUCCCAGAUGUUCCUAUAAAAACACUUGCACAUGUUUUAAAGGUAUUUUCUGAAUCCUUAAAGACUCCUAUAAUAUUGAGGGAAACUUCAAGAGGGCAUUUUUUGGAAGGGAAAAUCAUCCGGAUCAGCAUCCAAAUUAAACUGGCUUUCACUCUAAGCAUUCUCCAACUACCCAGUGAGCUUAAUUAAAUUUGGCUCAGUAUCCUUUAUGUAAUGUUUGGAACAAACAGAAAAACUAAUGACACUAAUCAUCAAUGACGUUCUAAAAUCAAACCAUUCAUUUUUGUUGGUUACUUUUUAUUGUUUUUAAAUAUGUUAUCUGUGAUUAGGCAGGUUAAGGAUUUAUUUCUGCAAAUGAUUGAAAAUCCAGAUGGUUAGGAGUCUUUAAGGGGUCAGUGAUUACUGAUAAAAACUAAAAGUCAAUCAAAAGUCAUACUCUUUUAGGCCCCUUUUUUUUUUUAGUCUCUCCUUUGACCUUUGCUGCGUUGUAUUCGAUAGCAAGCACUUGAAAGAGAAAAAUCCAAAUUUAGAAUCAUUAAUCUCUUGACCCAAAGUAGCUGCAGGAAUGACGAUUCGAUUCAAUCAAAGUAUGAAUCACCACUGUGAUCACCUGUGUUCGGAUCAGGCUGUGUCCUUUAGAAAAAUUGGUUUUGGGUUCCUGUGUGGAGGGUUCUGGUGAGACUGGACUGGAUUUUAUCGGAGCACGAGAAAGAAAAAAAGCCCAAUCACUCGUAUCAGGGAAAGCUUUGCUGGCUGACAACGCAAAAAUGAUAAAGAAUUUUUUUUAAAAGACGGGAGGAGGAAGAGCGGAAGCCCAAAACGAAUCACACACUCGUACAUCAGAACACACACACACAAACGCUGGUGUGUUUACACGUAGGCAGGAGGAAACAGAUGUUUACCGGGGGUCUGUUUCAAGUGUUUUUCUUUUGCUUUAAGCCCGGGUUAGCUGGCAAGUUGGAAAAACCCUAAUGCACGUUAUGUGUGUGUGGCAGAGUGUAAAUGUAAAUGUACACCAAUUUGGCCUGGGAAAGACCUCCAGCUGUCUAGACAAAAACUAAACACACACAACCGCACGCCCAGCAGACUAAACAAACUAAACUAAGAACCAGACCUUACACACACACACACAUACACUACACAGAAACACACACACACUUUAAUUCAUUCAGUGCUUUUUUUCCCUUAAUCGCGGACCACACAAGAUACAGAAAACAGGAAAAAAAAUACAUUUAUCUCACACACCUGGCCUCCCUCCUCCUCCUCCAACCCCCCCCCCCCCCCCCUUAACAAACAAGCUCUUCCUGUUCCCAAGAGAUGCCUGCUGCCCAAUGACAGAGCUCCUUCUACAGCCGGCCUUCGCUGCCAUUGGCCGGCUGUCUUUCGGUCGCCGUGGAAAUGUUAGUUGUUUGUUAUUGUUGUUGUUGUUGUUGUUGUUGCUAUGUCGUACAAGUGUGCCUGCCUGUGCUGAGACGGGCGAAACGUGAGUGGCUCGCUCGGGUUUGUCAAUCGUCCCCGGCCACGCUGUCUCAGAUGAUGAUGAUGAUGAUGAUGAUGAUGUUUGGAUGAUGGUGAUGAGAUUGAUGAAGAUAGAUGUUUUUGAUAGUCAUGCCGCAAAGAUCGUUGCAAUACACCUACUAUUUGCCUUUUUGAUAAUAUUAGUCAUAUUUUAACGUAGUGUGUUAAAUGUAAGAUUUUUUUUUUUAAUUGUUGUUGUUUAUUCACCUGAGUAAAGAAAGUUAUUUCACUUAAAGUAAAUAUUCACACAAAAACUGAUUUUUUUAAAAAUGUUAUUUUAUUAUUUUUUUUCAUAGUUUCCGUUGUAAACAUUGAGAGUUUAACACUACCUACAGCAACACACCACGUUUGGGGUGGACGUGUAAAUCCACAACAUGUGCUUCUGUGUUGAAGUGCCCUUUCCAGUUUAAGGUUCAAGUUUAAUCCUUGAAGGUUCACGAGAGGACGAAUGCAGUCUUUCCCCC